AUGUAUCCAUCCAAUACAAAGAACGCUCUAAAAGAGCAAUUCGCAACCUACCAUGAACUCUUGAAGGUAGUCCUUGAGCCCUGGAAAUCCGGAGUUCUACCCAAUCCCGAAGCAUUGGCCAGAGCACGGCAAUCUCUUAAGGAUGUCCUCCCGUCGGAAGGCCUGGGCCUCGAACGCGUCAGAGACCACAUCCUGCAGGACAUCGUGCCAGGAUUCAACGCAGCCAGCCUCAGUCCCAAUUACUACGGCUUUGUGACAGGAGGAGUGACGCCAGCAGCUCUCUUUGCCGACAACGUGGUCUCAAUCUACGACCAAAAUGUUCAGGUCCAUCUGUCGGACCAUUCGAUUGCCACGGACGUCGAGUUCAAGGCGUUGAGUCUCCUGACGGACUUGCUGGGGCUCGAUCGACAAAGCUGGCAGAAUGGCACGUUCACGACGGGAGCGACGGCCAGCAAUAUCAUGGGCUUAGCUUGCGGACGAGAGUUUGUCCUGAGGGCAGCAGCAGCAGAGCGUGGAAGUCCAAUCGACAGUGUCGGAGAGUACGGCUUUUUCGAAGUCAUGCAGGCAGCAGGUCUGUCUGGCCUUCAGGUCCUCUCAACGAUGCCUCACUCGUCGUUGGGCAAAGCAGCUGGAAUCCUAGGGAUUGGUCGUGCCAAUCUCAAGGGCAUCUGCACGUCUCAGAACCCACUGGAAAUCGACAUGCAGCGUCUGGAAGAGGAACUUGCAAGGCCUGAUCGAGCAAGCAUCGUCGUGAUAUCUUGUGGGGAGGUCAACACCGGUCAUUUCGCCACAGCUGGCAGGGAGCAGAUGCAAGAGCUCCGCAAGCUCUGUGACAAGUACGGUGCCUGGCUCCAUGUCGACGGAGCAUUCGGCAUUUUCGGGCGCAUUCUCAACGACUCGACCCCCGAAUUCGCGUCCAUUACCAGAGGAUGUGCAGGUCUCGAAAUGGCCGAUUCAAUCACGGGAGACGCGCACAAGUUCCUCAACGUCCCCUACGACUGCGGCUUCUUUCUCUGCCGCCAUCCGUCGUCUAGUCUGGCUGAAGACGUGUUCCGUAACGCAAACGCUGCCUAUCUCAGUGACAGUUCGGGGAGGACACCUGCAGACGAACCUACGAUCCCGUCACCCCUGAACGUCGGAAUCGAGAACUCGCGACGAUUCAGGGCUUUGCCGGUCUACGCUUCCCUGCUCUCGUACGGCAAAGACGGAUAUCGGGACCUCCUCGAGCGACAGAUUCGCCUCGCCAGGACGAUUGCCGGGUGGUUGUUUGACCACCCAGCAUACACAGCCCUCCCUGUGAGCCGAACGAAAGCAGACCUGGUGGCCAAGACGUAUACGAUCGUCCUCUUUCGCGCCAACGAAGAGGCGCUGAAUCGCGAUCUAACCAGGAGAAUUAAUGCGACGUCGAAGAUGUUUGUGUCUGGUACGUCAUGGGAGGGAAAGCCGGCAUGUCGAAUAGCCGUUUCGAAUUGGAGGGUGGAGGAGCAGAGAGAUAUUGCGGUUGUGAUGAGUGUCUUGGAGCGUGUUGUCCAGGAAUCAUCAUCCGUGUGA